CAGACAGGACCCCUCAAAACAGGUCAGGAGUUUUGUUGCUCCAGAUUUCUGGGACGAACAAAGCCACAGCCAAAGAAAGAUACGACAAGCAAAACAUUCAGGAUGAAAUAUGUGGAUCCAAAGCCUGGGGAUUUGAUCGAGAUCUUCCGACUGGGAUACGAACACUGGGCAGUCUAUGUGGGUUCAGGCUACGUCGUCCAUGUGACUUCAUCAGGUGACUCCAACUCCAAAGCUAUGGUGAAGAAGGAAUGGCUAUCCCAUGUGGCAGGGAGAAAUAACUACCGUGUCAACAACAAGCAUGACUCCACAUAUCCUGUCCGGAGCCCAGAGGAGAUUGUCUCUAUGGCAGAGAUGUGGGUGGGCAAGAAAAUGGAAUACAACCUUUUCACGGAAAAUUGUGAGCAUUUUGCCACUCGUAUGCGCUACAACGUUUCCCAUUGUGAUCAAGUCUUGAAUGCGGUCAAGAUAGUAAUUCAUGCAGUUUUUACUGCCGGGCUGUUGGCCUUGAAGCAUGACUCCAAAUAUCCUGUCCGGAGCCCAGAGGAGAUUGUCUCUAUGGGAGAGAUGCUGGUGGGCAAAAAAAUGGAAUACAACCUCUUCACGCAAAAUUGUGAGCAUUUUGCCACUUUCCUGCGCUACAACGUGGCCCCUUGUGAUCAAGUAAGUGCGGUCUUUGUAGAUUUAGACAGAUUUCUUGUAGUCCCUGUCUCAGGAUGA